UCCUUCAAGUUUUUGUUCUUUCUCUGGAUUUUUAACUCCGUCAGUGGAAAGUCAAACAAAGCGACUGUCACCAGAGCCAGAUGCUAUGCAAACUGCUUGACGAAGGUGAGCCAUCUUUCAAUAGAGAGGUUAAGCACCACGUUUACGUCAAACGGGAAACGCGAAUUUGUACGUGCACUUGGCCAAGUUACCCCUUAACUUGUCGUUUACUGUUCAUUAUUUCUACACAUAAAUUAGUAGUUUCACACAAUUUUUUUAUCCAUAAGUUUUUGAGCUGUUUUUAUGUGCUCUUUUUCUAUUUUGACAGCUGGUUCUCAACUUGAAUCUGCGACUUGCUGUUUGCCGUAGACGUGAAGCUUAAUAUAUACGUUCUCGGCAAGCAGUCGUUUUAAGACGAUCUCAGCCAUAUGUUAUCGUUGAAGUAAUAGUGUCCCUAUGGUCAGUUUCUUGUAGGUUUAAACAAGUCUACCGCGUUUAAGAUGAUCUCAUGAUUAUCAUUUUUACUUCAAUGGUUGAUUUUGAAAGAAAUAAUCACCAUCACUUUAAUAAGAUGAACAAAUUAUCUGAUUGACCGCGCAAUAUCAAACAAUUUCAGCCGAUUUCGAUUUGGACAUGAACAGUAUAUUCCAACUUAAUAUUACUGCCUAUCAGUACAAAACAGUCUUGUCCCUUUCUUUAGCGACCUCCGUGUAACGAAAAGUUUGAUGUAAAUGAGAAUAUGGUUGAUUUAUUGCAUGGUUGAAUAGAACAGUUAAUGGAAUAUAGCAAAUCACGCUGAUGUUAAUGACGGGUCUUAUUUGAAGAAACAUGCACGAAGACAAUGCAGAAUACUAAAUUACAUCUUCCCGGAACAAAGAAAACUCUCAUUUAACGGGGUAAGACUAAUCUGCGCGACUGCAGACGGUGGAACCGGCAGAACCUAAAGAAAUGAUCGUUUUAUUACAACUGCCUUUGGUCGACAUGAUAAAAUAAUUAGUUACAAUUUAAUUAUAAAUGUUGAUCGAGAGCUCUGGCACUGGUUAACGGCUAGUUACUAUGUUGGAACCCCAACGAGCGGAGUAGAUUUAAAAGGUGUUUCGAUACAGUUUCUCGGAGGCCAUACCGAUAUUUUUCAAUCCCCUUAAAAGUGAUUUAAUCCUUGUCCGAUGGCUAUGAAAUUUUCACCAUUGAUUGAUUAUGAAUUGAAGUUUAUCAAAAUGCAUUUUUAAGUAAAAUCGAUAUCACUAUGACAACAAUAAACAAAAAAAACUUUAAAAUCGAUUAAAGCCUAAUUUUGCGCGAUCUAGACCUGCAAGACUUUAUAAGUAAGUUUGAUAAGCAUACCGUUAUAACGCAUUCCUACUUUCAAAAUUUGUUUUAGAAUCCAGCUAGCAAUGAAACUGGAAUUCCCUGUCAAACAUCUGACUGUAAAGAAGUAAGUACCAUUAUUUUCAAUCAGUAAAGUUUAGAAUAGUAACACUGACAACUCAGAGCAAAAUACCUAUAAAAGGGGAAUCCAUAAAGAGUGCUUCGUAAAUGAAAAGCCAUCUAUUUGUCAAUAUCCACUUUGAUUUCUAUCCUUGAUAUUUGAACUCUUUUAGUGCUUAGGUCCAUGUGGAUCGUCUGAUUUGGAUGAGGCAGCGUGUAAACAAACAUGCGUAAGUAUCACCUUUUGAAAUUCCGGGCGUUCGUGUGCACCUUCACGCCGGGUCAGCUGCAUGUCGCGGCUUUCGGGUCACUUAAUCAGCUUAAUUGAAGCCAAUUUACUACUUUUACAGUUUUUAUCUGUUGAGCCUAAAGUUUUCAGGGUGGUAGAACUUCGUAUUAUAAACAAUCGUAUGUUUUUUUGUUUCUCGAUUUGAACGUUUUUUGGCGGCAAAAUUACGUCACAUUAUUGACAGCACAAUUUAAACUUCAACUAGUGACGUAACAGAUAGAUAAUUUUUAAAGAGCACGACGGGAUAGAAAUAAAAGCAUAAUUGCUUUAGGAGAUCAUCUUACUGAUAGUAACAUUUUGAAAUGUGCUUGGGUUUCUAAAAAUAGUAACAAAAUAACGGGAAAUUCAAAAAUCAAAACUUUUAUAACUGCUUAAUCAAUUUCGUUACAUCCUUAGUUGAAGUUUCAGUUUUGCUGUCAAUCAUGUGACGUCUUUCCCGCCAAAACCCGUUACAAUCGAAAAACAAAAAAACAUGCGAUUGUUUUGAAUAGAAAGUUCUACCAUCCAAAAAAAUUUUGGGCACAAAGGGAUAAAAACUCUAAAAGUAGUUCCUUGGCUUCAAUUAAGUCACCCAAAAGUAGCGACAACUGACCCGGCUUGCUUUGCUACGUUAAUCUACUGUAAAUGUUCGGAAUUGGUCAUUUUGCAGAAAUUUAAGUUGGCCGUUUUCCAAUUGUAUUUGUUUUAUAUUUCAGAGAGCUUCAAGCAGCUGUCUUGAGAGUUGUGAGUUUUUGACUAAGGUUAAAAACUUUUCUUCAAUAAUAAAUGGAGAUGGUUCCUCGACACCAGCCCCAGGAAUACCUUUAGUAACAAACAGGAGUUUGACCUCCAUCAGCUUAAAGUGGGAGGCUGUGGAAAACACGACUGGUAGCCCAGUGUACAUGAUUGAGAUGGCGUUUUCUGAGGGCGGACAAGCAUUUGUUCCAGCCUACUUGUCAGAGGUAGUUUGAAUAAAAUCUAUCAUUUUUGGAGCGUUUACUUUUAUUCAUAGAUGUUUCCUAGUUUAAUUUAUUCUUUUAAUUCUUUGUUAGAAGUCUUGCUUAUAUUUAUGGCGUUUCCUAGGUGUUUGUUAUACCAGAGGCAACAAUAUCACUCCCGAGUCUUUGCGCUUACAUCGACACGGCCCCAUUUCGUUCAGACUACAGAGCAAUAUUAUACAAGUUUAGAGUGGCUGUCCUUACCGAGAACUCAUCUUUAAGCGUUGGGCAACAAACGGUGCAAACGAGUAAGUAACAUUGAAAACUGAUAAGUAUCUUAUCGCAUUACUCAAAUGUAUCUUGAUUCAUCUGCAUGGUGCAUUUGCCAUUGAAAGCCAGGCUUGUUGACCUAUUCAUCGAAUCACAAAUAAACAUUUGGACAGUUACGGCUCUAAUCUUUAAGGCUUCUUUUAUUGAAAUACACCACACAAGAAUUGAGAGUGAGGAGGAUUUUGAGGAUCUAAAUUUUCGGGAUCUUAAAAAGAGAAAAGAAGAUGCAAUGCUGAAAAAAAGGGAAUUUAAAACUUUAUUAGCUCUCAGUUCUUCUUCUUGGGAUAUUGUUAUUUCACUAAAUCUAGGGAAUGUGAACCUUUCUUCGUGAACUGUUUAGCCUUUCAUCUUUUCUUACACGACUCCAUAAGCAUUGUACUUUAAGUUUUAUCUUUUUAAAUUAAAGGAUAUGGCGAUGAUGAUGAUCUGUCUUUUGGUUAGCAUCCUCGUUGCUUGUCUUUUUUUUUACAUGGGCUUGUCCCCUUACUGGUCUCAGUCUCAAUGAACCAUUUUGCUUGACGAGCUCCUUCGCGAGUGCCCCCCUCCCCCCGCCCAUAAAAAAAUCAGAAUGGAAAAGUUAUUUAUUUAAUGCAUAGCCCUCUUCCUCCUUUUUGGUCGUUCAAAAACGAUAGCCAAUAUAAAAACCGAGUGUGCGAUGUUUCUAAAGAAUAACUGCCAAUGGUUUGAAGAGUGCCAUUUGUGCCACAGUGACGUUGUUGUGAAUCUUCUAGCAUAUUGGAGAAUAAUCAUUUAACAUUUAAAAAAAUAAGAUUCUAAAGCAGCUAUAUAAAAACUAGGCGCGUACGGCAACUAUCUCUUAGUCGACCGUCGCUCUUUCUAGAUCUAUUUCCUUUCCUUUGUAGUUUUGCAUGUCAGGCUUGUCAGAUCCCAAAAAUAACGUUUUGCCAUCCGUAUGGUGGUACUGUUGUAAAUUUCAGUAGCGGCAAGGGUUAGGUGUUUUUAGUGGUUCAAUACACAGGCUGUAUCCUGUUAGGUGACUUACUCACACAAUGGAUGAGCGACUGCUGGACUACACUGGUGCAAACUCAGAUUUUUCAUAUUUUCUGUUGUAUUACAGGUCUUAUCAAGCCGGCGCCUGUCACAAACGUGACUUUAAACAGUCUAGUGUAUGAUCCUGUCGCUGACAAUUCCCCUCUUGAUGAAAUUAAGUUGACUGUAUCCUGGAUUCCCCCAAGCGGUGGGUGAUAAAAAAAUCACAUGAUUGUGUGCUGUUAGAAAAUCGGGGGAACUUCCUACAAUAGCUUAUACGGGGAGAUAACUGCCCGAAAGGUGACAUACCGUUUUCAGCUUUCAGGUAGUGGACAGCGAAUUAACUAGCUGAAGUAUAUCAAAAAGAAAGGAAAAUCCGAAAAGACGCGCCUAGAAGCCCACCAUGGGCUUUUGGUCCAUUAAACGGUACACGAAAAUGAGAAGACUUCCCGUUGUAGGGUUUUUAUUCUUAUUAAGUAGGAAUGGCAAAAAGGAAACAUUUUUCAAUAGAAAGUGUUAAAAAGGCGUACCCUUUCUGUCAAACAUUAUAUAUAUCGGAGCCUCCCCGUAUAUAGCCUCCCACGCAGGCGUUCUUAGGGGUUCGUUAAGCGUUCCUGCCACACAAUUAGUCUUAUGACUAUAUAGUACGAAACAUUAUAUCCAAUAAUAAAAUCAUUUCUUAAAAAUAAUGUUUUACAGAUUAUAAGCAUCUCAUUACAAAAUAUGCCGUGAUGUGGGAACUGGAUCCUCGCAAAUGUAACAGCGAACCCUUCAUAAGAGAAAAUUGGGAAACUUCUGGGGUAAGUAAUUACCAUGACCUUACUAAUUUUAAGUUAAAACAAUUUGAUUCUUAAACUUCUCUCUUUCUAAUUUUUUGUAUUUGACAAGGGUGUUGAAAAAUGUGAAGAUUGAAGGAUCAUACAAAACGUUGACGUUUCUACAUUUCCAAAAAUGAAAUAAAUUGACUGUAAAAAGUCCUUCCCCCGCACUUGACUGUAUUUCUUCCCACAGUGCCUCCUUUACCUCCUAAAAUGACUUCGAUUCAAGUCAGAAAGAAAAAUGAAAUAUUGAAUAUUGAAAGUUAACUGCCCUAAGAUCCACACUGUUACCACAGAGUCAAACGUAGUGCAGUACAGUAAUGAGAUAUGCUCAGAGGAGUGGCAUAUUUACCCUAAAAAUCUAAGAAAAAUAUUUCAUUUCACUUUGAUUGCAGCCCGAGAACAAAUUUUCAGAACAUGUGUACUCGAAAGCGAAAAGAUGUAAUCACCAUCUUCUUGAGGUGAGUAUUAAUUAGACGAUAAUUAUUUAUACACGUGCAGGGGGAAUAUAUGUCUAGUUGUGUACAUUUAUUUACUCAUUGUCUUGUACACCUCAUUCCAUGCUCGUACACUUUAAUAUCAAAUCUGAAUGUAUAUCAACAGGCUAGUUUUUCUUGACUUAAAAAGAACAAAAUUCUAUGUCAGGUUAUCUAGUUUAUCUAGCAGCGGAAAAUACUUUAUUUCCCGUAGCCUUUGGUAUAAUUUUGUACCAGUGAGGCUUAAAAUUUCUUGAUACCGAGUUUCAGCCUGUUGUAACUUAUGCAAUGUAAUAAUAGAGUAAAUAAUACACUUACAUACGCGUUCAACACUGGACGUCUCAGUUAGGAUGAUGCUUUGAGGCACUGGAUUGUCCGCUAACUAUUCACCGGCUAUCAGCGCGGAAGAAUGCUGCACAGUCACUGCACAACAACAACAACAACAACAACAACAACAACAACCUUUAUAUUAACAAAAAGAUAAAGUUUUACAAUAUAGGAUGCCCCGCAAAUAGCUGUUCAGCUAAUCCUGAGGCGGGACAAGAUAAGGCGAUAUUAAACACUUCAAACAAACAGAAAAGAUUGAAAUACAAUUAUAAGUAGAAAUAAUGAAACACCACAGUUACACGGGCGUAGCGUGACAUUUUGAAGGUGUUAAACGCACGGGAAAAAAAGGUAGACCACUGAAAGAACUCUAAACUAUUUAACACUUGGACUAUUUUUGAAAUUUAGGAAAUGCCAUUUCCUUCGUUUUUCGCAGUACAUUUUGAGUGCAUAAAUACGAAGGAAAAUGCAAUAGUUAGUUGUUUAUUUUACACAUCUCAGGUGUUAUCAGAAGGGUAAGUCUGUAGAGUGUCUUCAGGAAAAAAGGGUGUAACAGUGAACAGUAACAGCUCCUUCCCAUGCAUUCUUUCAAAUGAAAUCCAGACGAUGGUCUCACAACUUGCAAAGCGAUCGUCAAAGGUCUUGACAGCGGAUUUGUGUACUGAUCAUGCGCUUACGCACAAAAAAAAAAACAAGAAUUAACGGUUUUGAGAAGGAACAAAAUCAUGGCAGUCGAAGGCGGGACUGUUUCUCGCUAUUUUAUAUUGGUAAUUCGCAAAUUUAUUGAUUUUAUGUUGUUUUCAGAUAUAGUGUGUGUUUUUUUCUUUUAAACAUUAUUGCUCUGCACAGUUUGGAAUUAUACUUUCUUCUACGAUUAACACUAUAGUGUUUUCUCUUUGAAUGUCUGCAAGCGAGGACCCUUCAAGCUACAAGCGCCUAUAAAAGACGUAAAUUUUGGCUCGAAACACACACACCUCUGUGGCUUUUGAUUGGGUGUAUCAUUUUUGUCACACGUGACAAAACAUCGUUCGCCCCUCUGAUUGGCCAGAACUCAUUUGCGAAAAAAAGUUACAACAUAGCUGUACAGUGAGCAUAUCCUAGUAUGUAUAAUAUAUAGAUUUAGCCAGGGCUAAAAGCGAAGCUCUGGUUAGUAAUACGUGUAAACAAAAAAAAUUUAAUCGUGUAAUGCUAAACGGGGACGGCAAUGAAAAUGUCUUCAAGACUAAUAGAUAUAAUUAGCAAAAGAAAAUUGCACGUGCAGCACGCUUUUUUGUCUUUCCCCCUUGCCGUUGUUUUGCACGACUACAACGCUGAUUUGUAUGACUAAAACGUCAAACUUCCUAGUUACACAUUAUUUUUAUGGAGGAAUUGUCGUAUGUGCUUACCCAAUAUUUUGUAUCCUGUGUUCAUGUUCGCUCUUAUUUUUCACUGCCUCUCAUUUUCACCUUGCUGGCCGCUAGCAUUUCUCAUUUUCUCACUGCCGUUUUGAAUUUCCAUGUUUUUCUUUCUACGAAAUUCGUCUCCUUUAUUUUCAAUAACUCGCUCUAGCUCUUCUUCUGUUAUCCACGUUAGUGUAAACAUAAAAAGAUAACGCCGAAAAAGACACGACUUUGUUGUUGUUUUUUCUUUCUAGAAGUCCGGGCGGCCAUGUGAUUUCCUUCCAAAUAAAACCUUGAGUUGCAUUUGGGUUGCCAUACCUGUUGAUUGAGUUAUUUUACAUUGGUAUACCUGUGAUGCGGACGGACGGUGGGGCGGUCGGUCGGUGUACGGUCACGUGAUUACCAAAUUUUCUCGGAUGAGUAGAUUACCACAUUUCCUUAGCUAUGGGGCUCCUCCCACGCGCGGCGCUUCGCGCCGCGCAUGGAGCUCCGCUAUUACAAAUUUUGUAAUGUUCAUUUUAUAUUACUUACCGCUGAACUCUGCAUACUCCUAGCCAUAAAAAAUAACGGAGACAUUUUCGCCUUACCAUCUUGGUGUCCAUGUGAGAAUAUCGUUUCUUUAGAUAUCGUUACUCAUGGGAGCCAUCUAAGUGAUAACAUUGGAGAGAUUCUUCAAAGACUAUACUUUUUUAGGUCUAUUUUUUUUGUAAAAGGUACAGGUACCAGUUUUCCCUUUCAAGGGCGCCUGAUUUGAAACAGUAGUUAAUGUAUUAAAGGCGUGACGUGAAAAAAUCAUACUCACAUCAUAAAUGUAAUCUACAUUUGCUUUCCAGGUUCGUGCCAUGAUUGGCUGUAGUGCGAGUGAUGAGGCAACUUUAAUAUACACCUAUCCAGGUAAAUUGUUAGGGCGUUGGUGAUGUUCAUUUUCACAAAAAGCAAAUACAAUUGCGGCAUACAAUUCUUAAGCAUUUAUACGUGCUUUUAAGUAAGGGUAACGCUAAUAUUUGGAAAACCCUAACUGAAUAACUACCGUUUACAAAACUAAAAUUGGAAUCGUGUGACUUUAUAUAAACUCAAUACCAAUGUCAUUAAAUGCUUUAUUGAUCAAAGUAUACUCCCAUUCCUACCCAGCGAUGAACCUGUAGCUGAUAAAAUCGUAGGAGGGUGGGUAUAAAUCUUCGUAGACUAAAGUUUUAUUUAUUGUUCUUUUUUUUAGGUUGUCAAAAUAUAACAAAUUUUCCUAAAAGUGAAUGCUACAAAUGUAAGUUUUAAAAUAGUUUACCUUUUCUUUUAUCUAGUAAUCGCUCGUAGGAAUUCAGUUUUGCCAUGGAUGUCGUGGAUUACGAUAUUUAUAGUUGACCUAACUGAAAUGACAUGAUUUGUUAAAAGCUUGUUUGUGGCGUCAAGAAAACUAAUGACUCCCGUUUAAGCAGUAAGGAUAUUCUUUCUGAAGGGUCGUUAAACCGUUAUUAAGUCCAAAACUGGUUGUCAAGUUAGAUUGUCCAACGUAGGAAAAUAUAGGGGAGCCGAAGUUUUGAGCGUUACCCUUACGUCAUACUCUGACAAAGUCUUUGCUCUCGAAAAGUCAGCUUCCAGUAUAUAAUCCCCAAGGUGUUCAGCUUUUAUGACUAAAUCUUUGUACUUCACUCCCCUGAACUGACGACUGACACCGCGUUUCUUUAGAAACUAACCACUUCAUUCAGCACAUCCUCGGAGACCCAGGGGCAGUCAGUCGGGCCGGGAGAAAAGUUGCGACGAAAGUUUUCAAGCAUGGGUGGAAGAGCCCCUGGGUACCGACUCUCUCCAGACCAUUUCCAAAAGGUCAAGCGAAUGCUGGCUCCUGAGUGGGCACAAAAAAUGCUUUGUAUUAUUGUGCCCAAUCGGCGAACAGUUUCUCCGGAGUUCUUUUCGUGAGUUCGUACACGACGGCUAUUAUAUCGCCAAAGUUGCCUGGUUCGUUCACCAAGCUUUCCUAACCAGAAACAAAGGAACUACUGAUGAGUCGAAGAACGUUUCGGAUGCUACCAGCGGGAGCAAUUUAAUUUGCACUGAGAAAGUUCUGUUUCUGACGGAUCACAAUGUGAAAGGUUUGAACCCAAGAGUCAUUUCAAAAGUAGGUUGAGUUUGAUCGUCCGGGUGAACGUAGUCCUCAUGAAUAGGACUGUUGUUGUUGACAGUGACUGACGUUUCGACAACCUGUGCGGUAGUCAUCUUCAGAGUCAAAGUGAGUUGUACCACGUCAGUUGAUGGUAUUAUAGCAAUCAGACCAAUCAGACCAGAGUACGCUUUUGUAGACCCCGAGCUUCUUUCGAUUUUGUAAAAAAAAACGCAUUUUUGGACAAGGCCUGAUCAGCCUGAUACUACAAGAUUAUCAACAUAACAGUAACAUGACAAGAUUAAUGUUUUACUAUUUAAUCAUCAUUAUCAAAUGUUUGCUAUGAAAGCGAAACCUUUUUUUCUGAUCAUUAUGCGAUAUGUUUAGUUGAUCCACCAGAGGCGCCAAUGGAAGACAGGGUAGUACACAAUAUCAGACUCUCUUUUACAGCCCAAGACGAUUAUAGAUUCCAAGUGAAUAUCGCCUGGGAUCCACCGGUAUACCCUUACAAGAACGUGACUCUUUACUCUGUUUGGAAUUGGAAAGGAGACAACAAAUUUAUAAGCUUCCACAACACGGUAAGCGUUGACAAAUUUAUCACAGCAAACGUUGCUGAUUUAAUUUUGUCUACCCAGAAACACCAAACACACUCUUCGCAUGACCUAAACUCCGCAAAGAUAAGUUCGAAAAGGACGUGUUUGUGGGUCCUUUGGUAAUAGUUUCUACCUGAUUUUGAGCAGCGAUUCAUAGAGUUAGAGAACUCCCCUCAUUUGCAACCAUACAUGUAAUUUAGUAACUGUUGCGUUUAUAAUAACGAUGUUCAUCUUCCAAUUUCACUGAAGUCACUUUAAUUAUCAAGAAUUUAGAGAUUAUCCUGAAAAAGACCUGUAUAUAUACGGCUGCAGAAGUACAAAAUGGUUAGCCGGAUUCACAAACGAAAAAACAUUAUGGUUGUAAUUCACAGGUUCUCUGGUCAUUAUUUGUGUCAUAGAGUUUAAAAUUAUAUUUGAUUGAUUGUCUUUUACUGUUUGCAAUUAUACUGAUAGCUGAAUCAUUAUUCUAAGGCUGUUCAGCUGUCAUCGAAAAGAAAUCUCUUUCAAACUAAUUUUUCAAUUUUUAACCGUUUGAGCUGAUACUUUGCACGAUAAUAGGACUUUGUAUUCCCAACAAUCGUACGUUUUUGGAUUUUUGAAAUUAACGGUUUUUGGCGAAAAUGACUUCAUAUUGGAAAUAUGAGGUUCUAUUAUCGUGCAAAGUCUCAGCCCAAACGGAUAAAAAUUGAAAUACUAGUCUGAAAGAGAUCUCUUUUUGCUGACAGCUGACCCGGGAGUGUUCAUUCAAAAUAUUUCUACGUUUCUCAUGGGCUAUUGACUCAGAGCCCAUUCGGGCUGGGGGAAUAAUUGUUAAAUAACCAGCUAGUUGACCAAAUAAGGAAGAAGUUUUCGACAUGUGGAAAAUCGUAAGGCUAAUAGAACAGCAUAAAUGCCAGAAAAUUGGACAGCUAACCGGGAAGCCCUGGAGACGAGGUUGAGUUGUUUUGCGAAGAAGAAAUAUGUGAACUCGACAGACUACAUCCUGCUAUUUGGAGAAUAUUUGCAGAGCUGAACAUCCCUUUAUCUCCUGAACUUGCCGAGAAACGAGCAGUUGAAGACGAGAACUUAACAUCGAUGGAGACAUGUACGGAGGUAAGCACGUUUUAUAUUGUUUUUAUACUAGGAAUUAUUUUGAAUAAUGAAUAAAUAAUUAUUAAAUGUGAAUUCGGCUUUCGUAUGAUCUGAAGAAUUAUGGAAAUCUCGGGGGGUGUUAUCCGUCUCGGCCUAACCACCCUCGGCGUAUAACACCCUCCUAGAUCUCCAUAAUUCCUGUUUGUAUUUCUGAUCAUACUCAGCCUCAUCCAAUAAUUGUUGAUAAUUAUUGCAGGUGCCUACAAGCUUGUUAUUAACGAAUCUACUACCUGGAACAGCUUACAAAAUCGACGUAAGAGAUUAACCUUAUACAUGCAGUGUAAUUGUAACUAUCAAGAAGGGAUUAAGCUUAGGAUUUUUAUUAAUGUUCUUUAACACAAUUUUAAAAAUCUUAUAACAGGUCAGACCAAGUUUUACUGACAGUCUUCCAUCUUCGGAAAGGAGAUCUAUCAAUUUUACUACCCCUGGUGAGCUAAUUUUAAUUCAAGCAUUAGGAAACUAUAAAAUGAAUAGUCAGUACAAGAAUAAUAAAUGAACAAACAUGCAAAAAAUUCUUUAAAUCGAACCAUUUAUCCCACGAGCCAUUCAUCAAAUAUAUAUAGCUAAACUCCCUUUUAAGACUCAAUACCUCUUAAGUAUAUCGUCAUCAUCAUCAUCACCACCAUCACCUUGAUCAUUAUCAUUGUCACAUUAUCAAUUCAUAUUCUUAGUAACAAAAUUUAGAUAUAGGGUUAUUUGAAUCUGUUCAAGUACCCCCGGGCCAAUUAACUCUUUUUAGAGUAAAAAAUAAACGGUAAAAAUCCAGAACGAUGUUUUAACCGUGCUUCGGUCAUUAUCAAGUUCAAGUAUGAGAAUAUAAAAAAUAAAUAAAAAUAAAUAUUUAAAAAGAAAGAAACAAUGGAAUAAAAAAUAUGGAAAAAGUAUGUAAAAAAUUUUUAAAAUGGGGUGUUAAAAACAAUAAAAAAUGUAAGAACUAAGAGUCGUUAAAAACGGGACAUUAAAACAAUAAUAACACGCAGAAACUACUUUUGCACAAGUUGAGUCAGACUGUACACUGAGACUUGGUCUCAGCUCAUUAACAAAAAAGCAUUUCAUAAACUAGGCAGUCAAACUUGAUUGUGCACUUCUUUAUUAACACAAAAGUUCUCGCUAAGAUACUAUUUUUUCCAUUUUUUUCCCUCCACACAGCUGUACCUCAAGACGAAGUGACGGUCCAUUUAAAAGGUUAUCAAUUCUACCCUUCGCCAUUACCGGGAAGCUUUGUUGCAAACAUCUCCUGGGAUAAACCAACGUUUAAUUAUAGUUCCCUCGCUGCCUACCAGUUAUACUACAAAGUUGGAAAACAAACACGAUUAGGGAACAUAACCGUAAGUAUUCUAGUAGUGCUUGGUCGUAACGUCACGUUCUACGACAAAUUCAUUAUCUAGGCACAAGCUCCACAAGAGGCCGUAUAGGGGGUAUGAAGUGCAAAUUUUGAGUUCUGAUGUCAAACUUCUAUCGAAUGUUAUUUUUUUCACUUUUUCGCAGAGUCAAACUCACUUCUUAAUCACUGGGGUGAUGCACGGCGAGCAAGUUUCGUAUUGGGUAAGCUCCUUAUGUACCGGUGAAAUUAGCCAUGUAUCAUGACGAUAAUCAUUAUGAAAUUCAUUUCUAUGAAUUUAAGAAAAGGAAACCAAUUGUAAACAUAAUAUGAGAAAAAGCUGCCAGUAACUGAACGGAUUUUCUAUCUUUAUUUAUAGCACACAAAGAUGAAAAAAUUUGCAAAAGCAGGCAGCUAUCAAUAGCCUCUAAAUGGCCAGCGUAUGAUUUGCCAUAAAUGUCUCGUACUCAAGAAAAACGCUCUCUUUUCAGAUCACUCCGAAAUACAAACAUCAUGAGUGGAUUACAGGAACAGAACUACUUGGAAAAUUAAAAGCACCUGGUAUGAAGUAUUGCUGCCUGGGGAAGGGGGGGGGGGGGUCCCUCUAAAGGGCCGCAAAGGGGGACCCCCCCCCAAAAGGGGACCUUUUUUAGGGCUGGGGGGGGAUAAAAGGGGGGGGGGUUAAAUUUGAAAGACGGAAAAGGAAGAGGGGAGGUAGUUUGAGUGAUGGAGAAAAGUGAAGGAGGGGUUUUUUUUGGUACAAAGGGUGGAAAAAAAGGUGGGGGGGGGGGGCCGGGGGGGGGGGGCGCCCCCGUUUAAAUGUUUUUGGCCCCCCCGCGGGGGGGGGGGGGGGGGAGUGGGUAUUUCUGUCACCGUUAGUCCAACUUUUAUAACUUUCAUCUAUAGGUCCUUUGAUUUUGGUUUGAUUCACUCUUCCUUUUUCCUUCGGAAACAUGAGACUGUGUUUUUUUUUUGUCACAUCCCUUUGGAUCAUCCAAUCAGUCUUCUAUCUAGCCCGGAUUUUCUCGAAUGGUGGUUAACUUUUAAGCUUAGUUUUAGGCGAAACUUUGAACAACCUUACUCUCCUAGAAUCGUAAAAUAUUAUUAGUGAACUUUUACUAAGAGACCCAAAAUGACAGUCUAGAAGAGAGGACAUUCGCAGGUAAUUUUAUAACUAUUAAUUAAUCCUAGUCGUCUUUCGAGAAACUAGCUCCGGUUAGAGAGGAUCUUAUUGGGGUUAGCUGUUAGCCGUCAAACAGCCUAAAAUUUAACUGUCAAGAGGGUUAUACCGUCAACAGUCAAAAAUACAGAUGAAUAUUAACCAUCAAAAAUUAAGUUUCAAGGUAUUUGAAAUCUCACCAUUUCAUCGAUAUCUCAGCUGAUCCUCAAGGGAUUCUGGCUCCUGAAGAAUCUCUAAAGUGGAAAAAAAAUACUCUUUCUAGACAUUACAAGACCUCACAACUUGCUUAUAUCUAAAAACGUUUCAAGUGAAAGACUAAGAAGACCUCCAAAACUCAACAGCUAACAUCAAUUUUUCUACAGAAAUUAAUAUUUGCCUUAACCAUUGGACUAAAUGUCCACUCAACGGUCAAAAGCUCUAAACUUUAACCGUCAAUCGUCAAAACUGGCAAACAUUUUCAAUCAACUGUCAAAGCUACCACCCCAUUGAGACCCUCAAAUAUGGCCAGCGGGACCAGCUUUAGACCGUCUUUCCCAGCAGAAUUUCCACAGAAAAAAUGCUUUCAAAACCAAACGAAUACAUCUGCUUAUGUCGCGCAGUUAAGUGUAAAAAUAUACCUCGGAGGUGCACGAUCAGGGUUUUGAGAUCUCUGGCCUCUUACCUGAGGUUCGUCAGGUUCUGUGCAGACACACUUCCAGCAUUUAUUUUGGAUAAUAAUUGAAAUCGAGUGGACUCAUUUCAGUGUUAACAAGUUGAGAAUGAUUACACGAUUUGAUUACCUUGAACAGGUGAAGCAGUGGAAUAGAAGGGCUCGUACAUAUUAUAACUAAAAAAGGUAAAUAUAUAUGUUUGUACUUUUAGUUCCACCUGAUGAAGAAGUCAAAGUUAGGCAUAUCCUUGUAGGGACGUUUUUACGUGAGGAAGGGAAGAACACGUUCACAGUCAACUUCACGUGGACAGGACCAUUAUUCAACUUCACGCUUCGUGCCUAUGAAUUUACGUACGAGUUGACGGGCUACAGCGCCGAGACCAUAUUUCACGGAGAGGUGGUAUGUAAUAGAAAAUUUAGCAUAUUUUUCUGUAAUAGUCAAGUAUUUGAAAUGAUUAUAAAAAAAAGACUUUGUUCAGUCCGAAUGCACCUCAGCAAAAAGGAUGGAUAGAAGCGUCAUAUGUGAUGAUUCAAAUUUAAAGCAAAUCUUUUUCUUCUUUUAUCCUUGUCUUUUCUUCUUCUUUACCCGUUAUACGUUCCUCAUACUUAAAUUAAAAAAACUCCUCUAGAAAAGUGGGGGGGGGGGGGGGGGGCGCUAAAGCUUCCCCCAGCCCCCCCGGCCCCGUCGUCCCCGUUAUUACAAAGAUAAAUUAGCCGGCUGUUAGAAACAUGACAUGUAAAAGAAUGUGCGAGAAUUAACAUUUGCGAAACAGAACUAGAUAAGUUUAAGAAUUCAUUUCCUAAAGAAAACGUCAGGAAUCCUUGAAGCCAGCUGCUUUUCUCAUAUCAAAUCUGAUUCUCUCCGUCUUUUACAGACGCAACCAACAUUCCAAAUGUUCGGAGUGAGGCCAAGGGAAUUUGUUACGCUAAAAGUAAGUACUUAUUAAAUGUUUAAUUGUUGAUGAUAACGAUUACUAUAUAUUAUGUAACAUCUCAAAACAAAAUAAGAAUAACUUCGUGUUAUGUUGUAGGUGACGCCCUUGUUUGAUAACGUAAAAAUUCAGAAGAUUGAAAGCCAAGUUACGAAAACGGCACCAGGUUAGAUUAUUACCUCCUAGAUUACUUAAUUAUCAACAAAUAAUUAUUCAGCAUCGCAAGGUAUAGCAAUACAAACAGCUUAAAAUAACAUAAAAUGGCUCAUGAUAAAAAGAACUUUAACGGGCAAAUAACAAACGCAAAUAUAUUUUCGAGCUUUUUGAGACCAAAGAGCCAUAAAUGAUAAAUUAAUAUAAAACCUAGAAAUAGCUGAAUGCUCGUCCCAGAUAUCGGUAGUAGGAAAAGAAAAUGGAUUAAGAUACCGUGAUAUUUAUUUUUUAAGGCUAUUUUAUGAUUUGAACUGAUUGUGAAGCAAGAAUAUUAGAGCGUUAGUCGAUUGCCCGAGGAUACCCUCUGAAUAAUUAUUAUAAGGCACGUGACGUAUGUUGCAAUAACCAUGUGAGACCAUUUCCAAUCUAAUAACGAACGGGUUGAGAGUUUCAAGAGGACCCUCAGUGAAAUGUUACGUCGGAAGAUCCAGAAGGACCUAACAGAUUUGGAUCUACAGCUUCCAGCUUGCAUGAUGGCCUAUCGAGGUGGUGUUCAUGAGCCAGCAGUGGUUUCUCCUAACCUCUUAUACUGGGUAGAAAAUUAGAAGUUCCCCUGGAUGUCGUAACUGAGAGAUCUCCUGAUGCGUUACCACUCAAGGCGGACUAUGCUAUUGCUGUUCAAGAAAGAAUGGCUAGUGCAUAUGAUUUGGCCAGACGUCAUUUGAACAAGGUUGCUGUACGACAGAAGCGGAACAACGAUAAGCAGCUUACUGAUAGACCGUCAUUGUUGGUGAUUCUGUUUGGCUACAUAACGUUCGGAGGAAGAAGGGGAGAAACACCAAGCUUGACUAUCCUUGGGAAGGACCCUGUCUGGAAACAUCAUUGCUGUCGGAUGUGGUAGGUGCCUCUUAUCCAGAAGAACCGAAAGACCAAGCCCAAGGUUGUUUUUUCAAACAGAUUAAAGCCUUAACAAAAACCCCCACUGGAGAGAUGGAAUACAAAGAGGCGGACGCAGUUAACGAGCCCGAGAGAAGAGGGGAGAGGGACAUCAGAUGAAGACUCUUCAGUUUUUGUCAAGGUGAACAGUCAGUGCUGGUUAACGAGAGAGAGGGAGUUGAGCUUCACGGAACAGAAUCUACGGAAGGAGACAAUUAAGGAUGAUCAGUGUUUCCCCGAGACCUCAGAAUGCUGAUUGCAUUGGGGAUUAUAACAGUAACAAGCCCAACGAUGUGAGAGAAUCCGAAAUUCAUAUGGAAAUGUCAACUUCUGUUGCGGAUGGCCAUAACCAGGAGGAUGUCGGCCGUCAAACAGUUGAGUCGACUGCAAAAGUCUUACCUUCCUGUGCCUUGGAAGGAUUCCAGCGUUCUUAGGAGAUCUCCAAAGCAGCAAGGGCCACCAAGUCUUUACGGAACUUGGGUGACUGACUAACCUGAAAUCUUCAAGGCCUGAUACGCGUUAUAGGACAGCCUAGACAACUAGAUAUAAGUACCAGUUAAUACCAUUGAUUUCCUAAGACCUGUGGACAUUCGGCAUACUAAUGAACAGUCGUUAGAAAAUCUUAGUCUGUUGAGUUACACUGUUGCUUUCAGAUUAGUCGGAAGUGAUCUGCAAGGAGGGCCAGCACUGGCACAGUACCCAAAUAAGGGGGAGCAGUGUAGCGUUAGGCGACUGCCCGCAGGUCCCUUUAAGUAACUAUUGUUAGUCACGUGACGUAUUGUGCAAUAACCACGCGAGGCCGAAGUUGUCAAGAUUGUGUAACCUGUAAUGAUGAUUAAAAUGUGUUUUGCUAACACUGUGUUUUACCUUGGAUUCUGGGACUACAAAAUACACAGAAACCUCUGUUAAGCGGACACCCUCGGAACCUUCCCAAGUGUCCGCUUAAUAGAGGGUGCCCUCUCAAUAGAGGUUUGUAAAAAUUGCGUAAUGUUUGUUAACAAUUAACAUUCAACGGUUACUCUGUACUGUGAUAAAGUUACAUGUCGUUAAAAUUUAGUCAAAGAAAGAUUUGAUUGUGAAUAUUUGUGAUGUACUUUGUGCAAACGUUUUAGGUGAACUUUGAUCAUAAGGUCGGAUAUCGGUCUAGUCUUCAGUUUAUUGACAGCUACAUGUAUUAAUUUAUCUUUAUUAAUCGACUACAGUACGUAUUUUAAGGACGUAAUCCAGUACUGCUAUUGUCAAUUCAGUCCGGUGUCUGCUUAAUAGAGGUUUUUAACUAUAGAAAUUAGCCAAACUAGCCAAAUUAGCCAAAAAUUCAUUUUAGUGUCCGCAUCCGGAAUUAAUAGAGGUGCCUGCUGAAUAGGGAUUCGUUACUAGGGAAAUAAAAGACGUUAAUUUCGGGACCCAGCUUUUGUGUCCGCUUAAUAGAGAUUGUCUGGGGUCCACUUAAUAGAGGUUUCACUAUUAUAUAAAGUAUCAAUUAUUGAAAUAACACCGAAUGGAUAUUUUUAUAAGGAUUUUUCAUAUAUCUCAUUUUCUCUUUUUUGUUUCAGAGCCUGAUCCAACUACUUUAAAAGUUCGAAACCUGUCCGAAGCAAUUCUCAUCACGAGCAAACCAGACCAGUACAUCUAUUUAGUCUCAUGGGAGAUGCCCCUCUUCAACGAAAGCAAAGUGAACGAAUACGUUAUAACCUGUAGUCUCUCCGGUAACCCAGACAGGGCAAAAAGAUGGCAGACAAUAACGGUAGUCCAUAUAGAAUUUGUCAUUUUAAAAUUCUUUUUGUCAUUUUUUCCGAUAAAGUUUUUUAAAAACGUUGCGUAAUUGUGUUUUUCUUCUAGCAAUGUUUUUUUUUUAUGUUCAUUCUUGAGUCAUCUCCUUACCAAGCCAAUACGUUGCCGUUCGAUCCAUUUUUUUAACUCGCAUCGAAUAAAAACCCACAAUGAUUUGGUAAUUUUCAUUCGUAAUACUUUUCCCUUACGGUGAAAACCUCCAAUGUAAAACUCUUACCAUGUCGCAAUGUUUAUUUCACCAGGAGGGUAAUAAUAUCACAGUUUCUGACUUAAUACCUGGAGACAGAGUGGAAGUUGAGGUAAUUUAUACAGCCACUGGUCCAUACGGGCUUAAACUACGUAAAUAAAAGUGUUCUCACUGUGCCUUUUUUUGUUUUCGAGAGUCCUUACUUAAUUAUAGGAUAGGCGAAAUCACAAGGAAUCAUUAGCCAAAUUGUUUUUUUAACACAUCAAAAAAUUAUUAAAAUAAAAAUUAUCCACAGACGCCAUAAGAGAUUCUUCACAUCAUACGGAAAUAUUUCUAAUUCUUAACAUCCUUAUCACCUCGUACACUUUUUUCAAAACAAUGGCCUGUUUCUUGGCGCAGUUUCAGUUUGCGACUUCCAACUUUAUUAUUUGAAAUUAUAAAUAAAUUAAAAAAAGACCUUUAGGACUGUUUUGCAAUUAGCAAGGCUAGUCGAAGCAGGCCAGGCCAAACGUUUUUUUUUUUCUUGCAUAAAAUUCCGCAAAAAGUAGUUAAUAUCCAGCGGGCAUUUUAUUCCUUGGGUUUUUGGCUAUCCGUGACCGAAUUACUUCUUCAAAGGAGUCCACUAAUCAAAACAAAACUUGUACAUUAUCAUACCCAAAUAAGGAUAUUGACACACACAAUUAAAAAUAGACAAUGACAUCAUACCCACAUAAGGAUAUUCAAAGUAGACAGACUGCAAAUUAUAGUAGUUGCUAAAAAAUAUAUCUACGUGUCCCAACUGUUCAUUAGUAGGAUGCCUAAAAUGCUUGCAAUUCCGCAAUAUGACACACGUAGUAAAAAUGAACUAAGACACCAUCUGUUCAAAAAUAACUCUAAACCUAUCCAACCGGUUAAACCAACUAAAAAUAGCAUAUGACUUAUCUUUAUGAGAUUACUGCGCAUUUUAUUCAUGAGAUAAAGGCAAAAGGCUAUGACGUUAUCGGCGUUAAUGUAAUCCACCGCAAAUAAAUGAGAUUCCAACGCAAAAAAGGGGAUUAAUCGGUGCCUACCCCACUAUUGGCCGCCGCGCCUGGAAACGAGGUUGAUCGAUGGUCAACAGCUAAUGCAGCCUCGUUUCCAAUCAAAUAUACCAUUGUUUAACUCUGAUUCCGAUUAAACGCUAAUCGAAUCGAUGGCAAAUUGCUCUCCAUUUCCAAAUUUGGGCAGCGCCGGUUGCUUGUGAAAAAUUAGCCGGGGGAUUGGAGCCACUCAGGAAAGUCGAAAACUUUUGAAUGAAUAAUAAUUAAAUUAAAGGUGUACGUCUCUCUUAUUUCAGUUGCAUUAUAUUAGAAUAGGUUUUCUCAUAAUUAGAGAGCUUAAGCUGCGGACGUUCUUGAGGUCACCGACGUCAGUAAGGUUGCACCCGGUCUGGGUCGAGUACAGCGUUUGUGGCGCGAAAAGCGAAGAUUAAGCAAUGAAAGGUUUUUGGUGUAACGCGAGUCAAGGACGUUUUGUUUGUGUUUACUUCUGUUAUUUGAAAUAUCUGCAAUCGUACAUUUCAGAUUCAGAAAGAUCUUUGUCGCUGAAGGGGACUCGUACAUUUUUUUUACCCCAUUCUCAUAUGAAUUAACAGUUCAUCUUUCACAUAUAUUCUGCUUAAGCUCUCUAUUACAUAUUAAUAAUGAUCGUGAUCGAUGGUGAUAGUAUUAAUGAUAAUGAUGAUGAUAACGAUGAUGAUGAUGAUGACGAUGAUGAUGAUGAUGAUGAUGAUGAUGAUGAUGAUGAUGAUAAACAUGUCGCUGUACGUCUUCACUUGUUAUUUGUGAACUGGUGAUAGGAGAGAGUUAUGAAUGACAUUAUAUUUUAAUCCAUACAAAGAAAUGAAAAAUAAUAAAACUUUGUUUAUUUGUCCAAAGGUAAUCGCUGACUUUAUCGCUAGCGUUUUAACAGGAAAGUCCGAAAAAAUAUUCAUCGAGCCCCCAAGUGAGUAUUCCGCAGCUUAUUUUGCUUUUUUCUAUUUAUCCUUCUUCUUCGUGAAAACAGUGUAGGCUGCAUGAGGCUGGCUCCUUUGCUAUCUCAGAUAGUGCUUCGAGUUUUCUUUUCCAUCCGAGUACCUUUUCCCGACAAUAUUGAUCUCUGAACUCUUGAGAUUCGAUGACGUCCCCUAAGUGGCGCUGACCUUCAGUUGUAAGAUUGACCUCAUCUCCAACACCCUCUUUGCCUCAUCUGCAAGUAUGUCCGACUUGACAAUCAGUCAGCUCUUGUAUCCAUUUACUAGAUGACCAUACUUCUGUCCUUCCUGAUUCAGGUGAUUGUACCAGUUAUACAACGGUACCAAUUGUCCACCUUCCGCACUUUCCCUUAAGCUCUGGAUCAUGAUAGAUGUAUUGACCGAGUACCAGGGCAUGGCCAAGGGAUCACUUGCGUCGUACCCUCCUGUGAUAAUAUCUCACCUCUGCCGCAAAUAAAGAGCCUCAACGGGCUUCUGAAUUUGUUAUUUAUGUAAAGUGACAUUUCCCUGCAGGUUAUCUGGAUUUUUCGUGGGGCGACGGAUCUGUUCAUUUGGUUAAAGGCGUUGCCUGCAUCUAUCAGUAAAAUACUAUCUGUUCCUUCCUCUACAAAAACUUGACUCAUAGCAUGUAUCGCGGCCUCUGAGCCUGCGCUACGGCCUGCGCAAACCUGAAGGGGGCCGCUGACUCUAUGAUCUCCUCCUUCAAAAAUCCAGCAAUACCUUUUCCAACUUUUCGCCUCAGGACCUCACCAACACCAUUAUUAUUAUUGUUAUUUCUAUUAUUAUUAUUAUUAUUUCUAUUAUCAUUUUUAUUAUUAUUAUUAUUAUUAUUAUUAUUAUUAUCAUUAUGAAGUUUGUAACGCCGAUUGUAACACCAUCUUUCGCGACGAAAAAAAAUGUCCUCUCUUUAACUAUUCUUUCCAGAACCGAGCAUAGAGAAGUUAAAGGUACAAAAGCUUCGUUGUGGGCCGUUUGUGGAAAAUAUAGGCACAAACACAUUCAGCGUCACAUUCACCUGGGAAAAACCGUCCUUCGACCGCAGUAACGUUCACUCCUAUGAUGUUUCUUACGAAUUCCAAGGUAGCUACGUACGGGAGCAGCUGAAUUGUUCACCUUUGGUGAGAACUGCAUUAGGAUGCUCAAACAAUAGAAUGGUGCGUUAAGUAACUAAAUCGUGGACAAACGGUUUAACAUCAGCUUAAAAGCUGGACGAAGAAAUGGAUUUGCACAAUUCUUCUCUCGGCAAAUAUUAGACGCAAAAAUAUAGAAACUGAGGAGUAAAUCUGGGGUAAACACGGUAAUGGUCACAUUUGCCGUCAUAUUUACAACGCACCUGUGAUUUUUGGUAUGCAAGUGUGGCCAAUACCGUCUUUUCCCCAGAUUUAUCCCUCAGUUGUUACAAUUUUGCUACAUGUUAGCCGAGAGCAAAUUUGUGCAAAUCCAUUUUUUCGUCCAGUGAAAAUUCAAUUGGAGUUGGAAAUUUGUUUGAAUGUUAAGAUUGAACGAAACUCAAGUCUGUAGAUGACAAUUUCCCUCCCCCCAAAAAAUUGUCUUACAACCGAGAUAAUUUAUCGCCUUUAAAGCAGUGCCAUUUUGACUAUGUCAGGAGUGCAAUCAGUAACAAAACAGUGAGAAAAGGGGACGAGUGUGCUUACGAAGGCUCGUAAGGUGGUGUUGUUGGAGCUAGUCAGGGUGGCGCAAACAAUUAAAUUAAACAACAGAUGUUCCAAUGUACUAAUUGAUUGCACAUUAAUUAAUUGAUUUCAGUUUCUAAUAAAAUUAAAGUUAACACGUUUUACCAUCUUUACAGAACAGGACGACAUUUAAGAUAACAGGCGUAUUUCCUGGAGAAGAAAUCAGCUUAAAGGCAAGAGAAAUUCUGAAUAUUACAGGAUUUUGAAUUUUGAAUAUUGGAUACCGAUUUAAGAAACGCUUACUUUAGACUCGUUUUACAAGUAUUGUUUACGAGUGAAAUAUAGGUUUUUUUAGUUAUUAGUAUAGGUAAAUUAGCAUGAUUUGUAGUGAUAUUUGGCAUAAAUACCAAGAGUGGUAUUUAGAAAUUGUUAUACGUAAUUUCACGAGCCGUUAGGCAAGUGAAAUUUGAGACAAUUUUGAAAUAUCACGAGUGGUAUUUAUGCCAAAUAUCAUGUACAAAUCAUGACAUUAAUUGUUUAUACUACUAACCGAAAAGGUUUUGUAAUUUUAGCAUGUAGGUAUUUCAAAGUAAGCUGAAAUAACACUUCCCUAAGCCAAUCAAAUUGCAGAAAUUUCUCAUGUAGUAGUAUAUAAUCACUGAAAUAUAGCUGUUGGUAUUUAAGGGAAAUAUUACAUCUGUCAAAACAUACCAUCACUAGCUGAAGUUACUACCCGGAGAACUUUCUGAUUUAAUAGUGAAAUUUGUUAUUUCCAAGUAGCAUGUCCUAAUCAUUAAUUUACUUAAACCCCAACAGGUUAAACCUCUCUUCAACAACGAUUAUAUCAUAGGACAAGAAAAAGAAAUCAGAGAAACUGCUCCAGGUACAUGCUAAGUGUUAACCUUUUGACAUGCUGGCUUUGCAAUUUCAUUCAGGCGCAGAUCUAGGAUAAAUACUGACCGACUUCCUAUUAACCAGCGCCGAAGCUUCUAGGGCGGUCCGGGGGCAUGCUCCCCCGGUAAAUUUUUUGGAUUUUAACUCUCUCAAGUCCCUUUUCUUUGGAUUCUGAGUCAUUCAGACAGGAUAUUGGCCAGUUACAUUCCUCUCGGAUGAAGCAUUUGUCCAUUCAAUUUUUUAUAUUUCAGCUUGGAAAGUUUUUUUUUAUUAAAAAUAUAUUUAUUAUGAAAAAUCUGACCGAUUUCCGUAAAACGGUGGAAACCAGGGUGGAUCCGCACCUGUCAUCAUUACAUUUUUUCAUCUGUUUAUGGCUUCCCUGCAAGGUACCUCUAACGCCUCACAAUCAGGAUUACAAAUUAUGAAUUAGUGUUUUUAGCAUUACACUUCCAAUUUAUGUGUGUUCUCACAGUUUGGGCAUAUCUGAACAACAAAAAAAGAUUUUCCCUUUAUUAUCUAUCUAGGGACGUUUCAAUGAAAAAAUAUUUAUGUGCGACUGAAAAUACUUGCAGAUAUUUUCAAUAUUCUCCUGAGGUGAUUCGUAAUUCCAUACUUUGUUGAUUCCAAUUUCUUUGUAGUGAAUGCAGAUUACUUCGUUUACUGGUCUUUAUUUGAUGAAGGGUUGUCUACUAUCGCAACAUCUAUAAGUCAUGAGCCUUUAGCAGUUCAUUGUUUGAUUUACAUUAAUUGUUGCGUCACCCUUUCAUGAAGAGAGUAAAUUCUUAGUUUCCUUUCUUAUACCCUUUUUCACUAGAACCCAAUGAGGAGCUUGUAAAAGUGAUUGGAUUGAAGCAUGGUGUCCAGAUUGCUGGUCCUAACAAUACGUUUAGCACAACAGUUCGGUGGGAGAAGCCAUUAUUCAAACACAGUGGAGUGAAGCACUACGUAUACAAGGUUUUGCCUCUAUCCGACCAAGCAAGGCGAAACAGAGACAACAAUGCUGGUUUUCAAACUGUAAGUUGAUAAGAAUGUCCGGAAUGGAGUUUCACAAGGCCAAGUAGCAGCAUUCCUAGCUGUUUCAUGCUACAGAAACAUAGCUAAGCUCUGGUCCGUGUGGUUCUCUUCAUCAGUGCUCGCAUUUGCCUCAAGCUUACCUUGUUUUAUAGUUAUUCGUAAUGAAUUUGUCUGGGUGUCACGUGUUGAAAUAUUAUGCAUUGUCACCGCCGCUCGUCCUAUCCAUUUCAGCGUCUCUCUGUUUUUUGUUUUUUGUUUUUUAAUGUUUUUAUAGUCUGAUACAAAUGCUACAAUCAGUGGGAUCAACCGGGAUAUUUCUGUGGAGGUUCAGGUAAAUAUUUUGGUCAGAACCAGAUCAUAAGUGUUUGUCGUCCAAUAAAGAAAAUUUGGGGUUGUUGCACAGAUAAAGCCAAGAGCGUAACUGUCUUUCACCGAAGAAAACCUGCCGAUGUCAAAGCUGGAAAGACCCUCUCGCCUUACCAAAACAUACACUGACUAGAAUACUUGUGCCAGCAAUAUACUGAUGGUUCACAUGUAUAUGCUAUUUCAUCUUGCAGUUUUGGACAAAGUGUUCUCAUUGGAUAAUUUCUCUCAAUAUUCUUUUAGGUUACGCCUGUCUUCCAGGUUCCAGUGGUCAGUGGUAUAAAUGACCAGAUUGACAUUUCAUGGAAAGAUCCUGAUGUCCAAAACGGUAUAUUACUUGUCAGUCCAAUAGCUACCUAACCUUCGCUGCAAUCAGCAUCGACAGAAAAAUUCGUUUCCUCGGUUAACGUUUUGAAGUUUAUAUUAUAAAGAGGAUGGACAGGGCCGCGGAGAAGUGGAAGAGGGGGAGGGGGGGGGGGGGGGGAAAAUUUUUUCCCCGCUUGUUAGGUAAGCCCUUUUUUUUAGUUUAUGUGUUUAAAAAUGGUUGAAAAUUUUUUUUUUCAAAAAAAGGUUUUUUCCAUUUUACUCACGCCCAGGGGGGGGGGUUUGUCACAGGCCCUAUAAAAAAAAUCAUGACAUCAUAAACGGUAUGUUUCCUCGCGCUCACAAUCCCCCCCUACGCUUGCACGAAACAGCAACACAAAAAAAAUUGGUUGUUGGGUGUUAGAGUUGUUGGAUAAAAAUAGAGAGGGGGGGGGGGGGGGGGAGGGGGGGGGGGGGGGGGGGGGGGGGGGGGGGGGGGAGACAAUAUUCUCCACGCUUGUUACGUAAUCCCUUGAUUUUAGUUUAUGUCGUUUAUAAUGACUGACAAUGUUCUUUUUCAAAUAAAGGUUCUUUCCAGUUUACUCCAGCUCAGGUGGGCGGGCUUGUCACAGGCGCUAUACUUGGUGCCCUGAUUGCUGUAAGCUUGGUGAUUUGGUGUAACAGGCAAAUAAGGAUACGAAUGGAAAAGAAGGGUCUUGUAUCAGGGUAAGGAAUCUCACAAAUAAACACAAAGAAAUGUUUAUAGCAAGAUUUUGAUGCCUUGCACCGAGAUGUCCGCUAAAGAAAUAUCAAUAAUACUUUGAUUACACUUAUGAUUGAAAAUGAAUACAACUUCAUGACCACCAUACAACCAGGAUAAGUAGUUGUAAUGAUAAAUAAAAUAACAAAUAGUAUGAAUAAAAUAGAAGAUUGCGCCAGCUAUCUUUUUAGCGAUUCCAUGAAUAUAACUUCUGUCGUACGACCUCCUGAAAGUUAAGAUAAAAAUGGAGCCUGCUUGGUCGCGUUAUUAGGCGGCGAAGUUAAGGCCGGAUGGCUGGCCUUGUCUCCGACAUUCUACACCAAUCUGCAUUAGAGAACGAAAAUGCACUAAAAAGGAAUUGGCAUUAAAACAUGGGAUAAAUCAGCUAAAUGGAAGACAGUUUAACUAAUAAGCCACUCCAGCAAGCUCCAGUCACCCUAAGGUUUUACAGUCCAAGAAAAUCCUAUUGCAGCUUUUUAUGGUAAUGUUAAAACAUUGCAUUGACGUACUACAUUCCUGGUGUCUGAGCGUUACACGGAAAAUCGUUGACUUUCACUGUCACACCAGCGUCAGUAGGAAAAUAAAAGUCAAAUACCUAUAGCAUUACAUGUGAAAUCAAGUUAGUAAUCUAAUUAUUCUUUAUUGUGCCAGAAAAAAUGCGUUAAUAAUUGAUCAUUGGGAAGUGGAUGGUGACCUGGUGUCUCUUGAGGAGGAGCUCGGAAAGGGUGCUUUUGGUAAGGUGUAUAAAGGAACCAUAAAGCAAGUAACUACAGUUUCACGUAGGCUUUCAGUGAUGCCUCCAGUGAGCCCUCUUUGGAAAUCUGCAACCAAGCAAGCUGUGCCAUUUACUGUGGCAGUGAAAAUGCUUCACGGUAAAUUUUGGGUCAUCAUUCCGUAUUUUUUCUACAGCCUGCACCUCAGACGAAACUAAACUAUGGGUAAGUCCGGCUGCGAAACAAGGCCAAAAUCUUUGAUCUGGGCCCUCACCUGUGUUCCAGGAUUUGAGUCUGUUGGGGGCACAGAACAAGGAUCUCGGCGUUCCCUUGCAGACGUUCCUAACCGAGGUUAAAUUACGUCUGCGGCGCAGGCUAAUCUUCUCCUGUAAUCUCUAGUUUUUAAUUUUUCGUUUUGACAUCGAUGCGUUAACGUUAAUAUUUGAGUACCACAGUUUUCAUUGAAACCAACCCCUAUAUUUUUAUGUGGCUAUUGCAGGCUGCGAACAGAUUUAAGAUUCGACUCAGGGUACAAUUAUUUUGGAGAUUGUACUUUGAGAUAGGUUAGAAGAGAAUUUUUGUAACUGUUUCCGAUUGUUGUUAUCGACAGGUAUGGCAGAUAGUGAUCAAAGAAGAGAGUUUCUGGAAGAAAUUCAAUUGAUGAAAGCCGUGGGUUCGCACAAGAAUAUUGUUAAUAUGGUCGGUUGUUGCACUGUGGAGGAACCCAUGUUCUUGUUAGUUGAAUAUGUCCCUUAUGGUGAUCUACUACAUUACCUCAGAAAGCGUCGAGGAAAGGUACACACAAUAAACGAAUCUUGUCAAAGCAACUUCCUUUGGGAAUGAAUAAUCAACGCCAAACUGUUUAUUAUGAACCUUUAAAAGAACUGCCUGCACUUUUUUAAAAGGUUUAUCUUUAUUGUCUUGCCAAAGACAUUAAUAUUUACCACAGACUCCGACUGUCGUUAGAUUCCUUAAUCAGGUUCUUCUUUGACCGUAGUAUUUGCUACAAUCAGCAUAGGGGAAUUUAGAGGCCUCUCCCUUCUUGAUAACUCGUUUGGUCGAACACCUUAAAACAGAGUUUCUUGUGUGCUUUACCCGCUUGUCACUCCUUCACAUGUCAACCAUUUCAUCCCCUUAAUAUUAAUUUAAAACCAUAUUACAGAUACAUUCAAAAACUAUAUAGUUACUAGAUUUUUUACAAAGAAACUGGUCAAUUGGAUUAGUUAUUCUGUAUGUAUCGCUAAAUGAAUACCAACAAAAUAUAAUUGUAUCUUCCCCUUUACAUGAGAACUGGGAUGAACUUUUUGCUUCUUUUUCAGGUAAAAGAGUACCUCGGAGACGAGUCAAGAGGUCCAUACCGCUCAACAUAUUGUGAGACAUAUGUACUUGAUGCAAAGCGGGAAGGAAUAUCAAUGCAGGUACAUAGUUGUACGAACUAUUUGUUUCAUGAGUGAGUAAUUAAAAAUAAUUUCGAAGCGCACCACUAGUGCGGUCAUUUUUUUUCCUGGUUAACUGAAAUAGAAUAUUUUAUGCUAGACGUUAUAUAUGUUUGUUCUCCGGUUGGCUUUCUCUUCCUUUCAGUGUUUCAGUUUAAGCGGUUAACCACCAUCUAGGUUAGUUCGGUUGCCAGGAUAAAGCGCCGGUCUGCCACUUGCCCAAGCCUCGGAGGGCCUGCAACAUUUGGGGUCUUAAAAUAAUUAACAAAGAAAGUGCUGCCUUUGUAAUGACAACUUCAAAUGGUUAGACUCUCUAGUACUUCUUGGACAAGGACGAUAAGACGCACAACACUUGCACAUGUAAUACUUUCUUUAGGACUUUAAAGAAUCCAUGCGCUGUUCUUAAAACUAGCUAUAGGGGGCACGACACAGUACGGAAAUCCAUCUCAAAUUCACACUCAAAUUAGUGGCGGGCAUUCCUGAAAACUCGUGACUACUUCAAAACUUAUGAACUGUACCAUAAGCAGCCUUUCUCCAACCAAAGUUGUAAAUUAUACCUGAAAAGUUUUGAGGGGAGUGAAUAAUGACAUAUUCACAAUUUUACAAUUUAAGAAUUUAUUGUGGGUUAUAGGUAAUUUUUUUCUAUUUAAUUUUUAGGCAACUAGGAGCGAUCGUACUUACGUUAAUACCCCCGAAGCUCCAAAGAGUGACGGCGGAAACGUGCAGAUUCUUUCAUUUUCUCAGUCUUCAAAAGCGGGAGAGGAAUUCGGAACUGAAAACAAAGGGAUGGCGAAAGAUGAAGUUCACUCCGACGAAGACGACAAAGAAGAAGAUGGUCUGACACCAGGAGAUUUACUGGCAUUUGCCUGGCAAAUAAGCGAAGGAAUGGUAAGCAUACUACAUGAUUGGAUGUGAACACAUAUAUAAGGCAAAAUUUAAACUUUUUUAGCCUUCUCGGUUGAGUUUGUUUUGAUUCUGACAAAAAUUGGUGCGGAAGUUGCUUAAUUCUGUUAGAGAAAACAUAUAUAUAUGGAGUAAGUACAGGCGACUCCCGAUAACUCGAACCUUCAAGGGAAAUCGAAAAAAGUUCGAAUUAUCGGGAGUUCGAGUUAUCGGGAGUUUGAGGCAAAUAACCGGCAGUAAGGAAAUAAGCAAAUAGAUGGGGAGGGAAUGCAAUUAAGCAAUAAAGCCUUGUACAGGGAUGGACACUGAAUUUGAACUGGAGUGGCAAAAAGUCAAAGCAAAGAAUUGACAUGGUUGCUUUGAAAUAAAUUCAGUGUCUUGGACCCCAGUACACGGUUUUUUUCUCGGCUUGUCACGCGCUUAUAACGUGGUUCGGGUUAUCGAGAGUAGAAUUGUAUAGAAAUGAUCUGAAGGGAAACAAAAGUUACUUCGAGUUAGCAGGAGGUUCGAGUUAACGAGGGGUCGAGUUACGGAGGGUAAAAUUACAGUUAUGUGAGAAGGAAAUCUAGGGGAAAUCGACUUUGGUUCGAGUUAGCGUGAGGUCCGAGUUAGUGAGGGUUCGAGUUAUUGGGAGUCAAUUGUAUUCGAUUACAUGAUACAGCAAGAAAAUAUCAUAGGGAAACGGGUCACAACGGACGAAUUCAUCCUGCCUUGCUCUGUCUUGGCGACGAAAAGUUCAUCCCGGUACCAUAUCUCUCGCAAGUGUCAUGUAAACGAAGAUCGACCACUCGUUUUAAAAUCUGUCUCCCAGUCGAAUGGAACGGUGGUGGCAUACGUAGUUUUCGUCGUUCUAAGAUGGCGUCAACAUGUUGGGCAAUUUAGAGAAAAAGAAAUCACAUGGAUGCGAGUAACCUCAAGUAAAAAAAUAGGGGUCUCAAACAUAAGUAGGAUUCAAAAUAGAGAUAUAAUCCCGGCAAUUCUUGGUAAGUUUAAAGUGAAAAGCAUUAUGGGAUGAAACAUAAUGUAACAAAUUUCAACAGGAAUAUUUGGCGAGAAAAGGCUUUGUACAUCGCGACUUAGCAGCCCGCAAUGUUCUCGUUGGAGAAAAUAAAGUUGCAAAAGUAGCAGAUUUUGGUUUGACUCGACACGUGUAUGAAGAGAAAGUUUAUCAUGCUACAAGAAGCAGGAAACUUCCCUUGAAAUGGAUGUCUAUUGAAGCCAUUUUUGAUCAGACAUUCACCUCACAGAGCGAUGUGUAAGUAUUUUCUAUACUCAAACGUCAAAUUAAGAAUAAAUUUAUGUUUAAACUACUAUCAAGACAACCAUAUAAAUACUGAUGUAAGCUAAGAUCGAUGGCUUAUUUUGUUAAUGACUGACCACUGACUGUUCCUCUCCAACCCGCGAUCUGAGACGGUCCUAAUCUUCCCCUUUGUUUGGAAGACGAGGGGAAAAGGACGCCUAAUCCAUUUACUUUUCUCGUCGUCUGCCUGUAGUCAAGAAUCUGGACUUUUGUCUGAUUGAUCGAAAAAAAAAAGAUCCUUCGGAGCCCUGCACUGAUUGGUUAGAAGCAACAUUUCUGACUUCCAGAGCAAUCAAAUAGUUUUUGUCACCUUCGGAUCUCUUCAUGACAGAAACCACGAAAUGAUCGAGGAAUUUAUUUACAACAAUAAUUACUGUUCACCCACACUUUUCCAAACUGAUGAAUGAAAGAACAUGAAAGAUUUGUUGCGGCAGACCACUUCCAGUAAAAUACAGAAUUCUAUUGUUGCACUAUUUUUUUAAAUGAAUUAUUAAUUUGCUAGACGGUUUGAAUAGGAACCAAACGGCAACGAGAAGGUAAGAUUCGCAAUAACAGCAGUACUAAAUUGGUCUUUAAAAUCUGUGAUGUUUUCGCCAGCGACUACUGUAUCAACAUAGCAUUAACCCCUUGCCUGAAAAGUGUAUAACCACAUUUCUAAAAUAGCCGCCUUCGUUGCAGUCGCUUGAAUUUCAGGUAAAUUCUGACACGAUAACGCAAAUGUUGACAGAUGCGUUAAUUAGGAGGCGGCUGGCGACUCGCAAGGUUAACGUAUCAGGCGUUUUUCCCCCCUUUCCCCGACAAAAAAAAAAAAAAAAAAAACGCCUCCCUUUAAAACUCUCCCCAUGUAAAGUGAUCUGGGUACCGUAGUCCGGUUAAGUUUUGCUUCUGAAAUCUGGAAUCGGGAAGUUUUCGCUUGUGCAAUCUGGAAUCCAGGGCUCUGGAGUACGGAAUCUACAGCUUAAGGAAUCCAGGAAAAUUCCGCUAACGAUUGGAAUCCGAAGCCCAAGUUCCAUGAGAAUCCAGUACCAGUACCUAGAAUCCGAAAUCUACGGUGUUGAAUCCAGAAUCUAUGCAAACGUAUCCAAACUAUCUUGGAUUAAUUUACAUCAGUGGUGACUAACCAAAAAGUGCCAUUCAUUCCACCGAUAUUAAACGAGUACGGUAUACUGAAAUUCUUUUAUUAAUUGCUUUAUGAGAUACGUUGCAAAAAUUAAGAUUUACCAUUCGUCUCAUUAUUGUUCUUUCACUUAUCAGCAAAGAGGCGCGCCCUGUCGUAUGUAACGCUUCACUGGGUAUUUGGACUUAUUGUUUUUGUUGUUAAUUGUUAGGUGGGCCUUUGGUGUUCUCUUAUGGGAGUUGGUCACACUUGGUGAGUUUUCACGCAUAUUUUUCACUCGUUAGUUGUGUUUCCUAAGCACUAACUGAAAUACCAUCGGUUAAGAACUGUUUUUUUAGAGAUACUUGCCGUUGAAUUCUUCACCCACCAAUAUUUGAACUGAAUCUUUCGCUUCCCUGUAGCACCAGUUUCGGUCUGUCCCAUCUUAUCACUACGUCUUUUAAUUUUUUUUCUGGGGAACGUUGAAACUAGUUAUUAAAAGGGUUUCAAACAUUCUCAGAUUAGACAAGUUUCUAUCAUGAUUUGCACAAUUUACAGCUUGCAUGAACUAGUUUCCACACUGCAACAGAGUGGGUUGUAUCUGAAAAUUCUAGAUUAAUUUUUUUCGAAAUAAAUUUCUUGAAUUUCGAUCAGGAGGGGCUUUUAUUAUUAGUUUUUCCCCAAUUUUAUUCUUUUAUUGUAUGUUUUAAAGUUAUUUCAGGACAAAGAUUAAUUCUAAUUCGCUCGUAUUCAGGUGGUACGCCAUAUCCGACAAUAAGCAAUAGGGAACUGCUUCGCCUUUUGAAAACUGGCUAUCGUAUGGAGAAACCAGAUAUCUGCGAUGAUGAAAUGUAAGUUCUAACUCUGUACUUAGAUUAUUCUACGGGUCAUGUUCCAAGUAUUACUCAGGGCUUUUUAAUAACACGCGACUUUUAAAAGCUGUUAACAAUUGUUGCAUUCAACAAUGUUGGAUAAUGUUGCUUAUUAUGCUGGAUCAUUCCGUUUGAAUGGAUUUCAAGGCCGGGCUGAACGCUCAGUUAAUUACAUUCUUUGAUUUCGUUUUAGCUACGAGAUAAUGACGCAUUGUUGGAUGGAAUCACCUGACGACAGACCAAACUUUACGCAGAUAAGAGAGAGACUGGAAGUGAUGAUGCAGAAGGAUAACCCUUACCUGGAUUUUAGCGUAUUAGAUGAAAGCAGGGAAUAUUAUAAUGUACCAUCAUUUAACAGUCUCGUUGAUGAAACCACAGACGACGAGCUUCUUGAUAAAGAAGACGGCGAACUCUUGAGAGAAACAAGCGAUGACUGCAUUGAAGGGGAAAACAUUGACGCAGGCGACUCUGCAAAAAGGAACGAACUUGCCACCAUGGCCAAGGCAUUCAAGAACCUUGACAAAAGGGGUGAUAAUUUUGAUCCUGGGUUUGAACUCAAUGGCAGUAAGUUGGAAGGGAAGGGAUUCAGUGAAUUGAAGGAUAUUAAAGUGGAUUUCGACGCCAUCGAGAGGUCACUAUAUCACCCGGGUAAUAAGGAAAUUGCCCUCUAG